AGGAUGCCUUUCUCUCCGAGUAAAAUAUUUGUUAUUGUGUGUUUGUUUGUUUAUUUUUAUAAAAAACAUUCAAGAUUCAAGUGAAAUGCCAGGAUGAGUGUGUCACAUACGAUUUGAGUGUUAAUAACGACAACGUGAAUACUGUACCUGCUGUAUCAAAACAAAUUCCUGAAAGAUGACUUCGAGGCUGGAUCGGCUGUUUGUUCUGUUGGAGACUGGAUCAUCUCCGGUGACACGCCGUGCUGCAGCUCGGCAGCUGGGUGAAGUCCAGCGGCUUCACCCCCAUGAGCUGCAUCAUUUGUUAGCACGUAUUGCCAGUUACUUGCAUAGUUCUGCAUGGGAAACAAGAAUUGCAGCUGCUCAGGCUGUGGAGGCUGUUAUAUCAAAUGUCCCUCAGUGGGAUCCACCAGCUCUCUCUAAAAGAACAGUUGACAGAGAUGGUGCUGCUGUGCUGGCAAGGACUGGUCGAAUGACUUUUGAAAAAUUUGAUAUGUGCAAAGUUUUGACAAAUGGAGGUCAUUUAAUGGCUUCAGAAGGAAAGGAAUUUGAUCAAGAUGAGGAUUUAUCAGCAUCAGCUAUGCGGGAGAGAAUGGCAAAGCAACGACAGUUGCUUAAUGCGCGUCUUGGUUUAGAUGUAUCAAGUCGUCUUGGCAUAGAUAUGGAAGACCUAAUAUCUGCUGAAGAUUUUAGCACCUCGGUUACUGAUGGAUCUGUUUCCUUUCUUGGUUCAUAUGGUAAAUCUGUUGGAGAAGUAGUGCAACAAGAGCUUUCACAGGUAGAAGGAAUGAGUUCCCGUGAAAUGAAUCGUGCUCGCCGCCUGGCCCGUCAGCAAAUGACCAAGCAAAGGUCACGUGAUACUAGUGCACAGAAUCAAGAAGAAACGAGUACAGUUAGCAUUUCUGUAGAAGAACCAGAAAGAAAAAAGAUUAAAAUAGAAGACACAGGUCAAGAUGAUAUAUUGUCGGUGACCUCUCAUAGCCACGUGGAAAGUACUCCAGAUGGAGCAGGUGGUUGGGGAGUUGAUGCAGUUGACUGGCCAUUUGAAGGUUUCUGUGACCGUUUGUGUCAUGACUUAUUCAGUCCUUCCUGGGAGGCGCGGCAUGGUGCUGCAACUACGUUGAGAGAAGUUAUACGCAUACAUGGUAGAAGUGCUGGGAAGGCUACCUACAUGUCUCAUUCUGAACAAGAGGAAUAUCAUGAAAUGUGGCUGGAAGAUAUGGCUCUGAGAUUGCUUUGUGUCCUCGCACUUGAUCGAUUUGGUGACUUUGUUUCUGACCAAGUUGUAGCACCUGUAAGAGAAACCUGUGCUCAAACCUUAGGAUCUGUUCUACAUCUUAUGACAAAUGAUGGUGUCCGAGGGGUUUUGACGAUUUUGCUGCAGUUGCUAAAGCAGAAUGACUGGGAAGCAAGACAUGGAGGCUUGCUGGGCCUGAAGUACCUGUUAGCAGUACGCAUGGAUAUGGUCAAGGAACUUUUGGCAGUGGCUUUUCCCCUUGUGCUCGGUGGACUGAGUGACCCUGUUGAUGAUGUUGGUGCUGUAGCAGCUUCGGCACUAAUUCCAGUUGCAAGCAAUAUAGUCGAACAGUUACCUCAUCAAGUUGAAACCAUUGUGAAUCGUCUGUGGGACCUUCUAUUAGAACAAGAUGAGUUGGCUGCAGCCUGCAACAGCUUCAUGGGAUUGUUAGCAGCAUUAUUAAGCUUGCCAGAAACACACAAACAUUUAAGGCCACAACCUCUACAAAACGUAGUACCACGUUUGUGGCCCUUUCUCAGCCAUAGCACAUCGUCAGUUCGUCGAGCCACAUUACAGACUUUACGAACAUUAACAAGUGUAUCGCUACAUUGUGAUAAUGGUCUGCAAUGGACAUCAGGGCUUUUACAAGAUGCUUUGAGGCAUAUCUUCCAAAGAGUUCUGGUUGAACCAGUUGCUGAAAUACAAGAUUUAGCAGAACAGGUCUGGGGGAACUUAAUACGUAACAGUCAGUUAACUGUUCUUCUGAACGCAGCUUGCCCAUAUUUUAGCACAUGGCUCUGUUUGACCAUGCAGCCUGCUAAAAUUCCUUUUGACCCAUCAGUACUGAUACACAGCAAAACUUCUAUUAGAGAUAGUGGAAGUGAUAAAGUCAACAAAAGGGUGAGAGUUUCAUCUUUGGAGAAUGUUGCAGGCACUGCAAUAGUUCCAAAGUCCGAACAGAAACUUUUUGUGGGUGGAACAGAAACUACACCUUUAGCAACACGAGAAGGGAAUGUAAUGAAAUCUCGGUGCAUGGCCAGCCGUAUGUUAGGUCUGUUGUCGUGUUUUGUGAUAAAACAUGAUCCUGCAGUAGUGUACACUCCAGAUAUGGAAACUCCUAUUGACUGUUAUGUGAGAUUGUUGUUGGCAAAUCUUAACUCGAAAUCAGCUUUGCAGCGCAUGGUUGUGGGACUUGUAGUUGCAGAAUGGGCAAGACUUGAUCCAGGUUCUAGACCAUGUCCAGAGGCACUUCGUGCACAAUUACUGCAGUGCAUAUCUGAAGUAGUGUACUUUGAUGAAAUUGCACUUUCCUUUACACGACUUUUACAAGAAACACGCGACUUCAUUGCAAUGCUGAAGCACUAUAAGCUUCCAAUUGAUGUUGAUGCCUAUGGAAAGGUACUGAUUUUGGAGCAGAUUCAGCAACUCAGUGGACCAGUAUCGCAGCAACUACUGUCUUCCCACAAGCUUAAGCCAAAGGUUGCAGAAAGUCUAGAGGAACGCCGAAGAGCAAUACAAGCAGCUGUUUCUCAGACAAGCUCCGAUCAAACACUGCUAAGUACCUCAACUCAGGCUGCUCUUGCUGGGGCUGUAACAAUGCUGCAGUGUCUGCCAGAGAAGCUUAGCCCCGUUGUAAAACCAUUGAUGGAAGCCAUCAAGAAGGAGGAAAAUGAACAGUUGCAGAGCCUAGCUGCAGAACACUUAUCUCGUUUGGUCGAAUUGUGUGUGAACAGAAUUCCUUGUCCAAAUGCUAAAAUUAUUACAAAUCUUUGCACAUUUCUUCGCUCAGAUACAGAAUUUUCUCCACGCAUACAGGCUACUGAAGGGACAAGUAAUGACAGUGGUACUGAGAGCUUGGGGGAAGGUUCUCGCACUGGCACACCUACUAGCUUUGCUAAUAAUUAUGUUGGCAUCCUCACACUUCUGAAUCAGCAAAGGUCAGCUGAAAGAGCAGCAUUUCGGAGAUCAAACUCUGUUGGCAACCGUGGUCCUGGUAGACCACCCGUAACAGAUAUUCCCCUAGAAGAACUCUUCACAACUGAGGAUGCUACUCAAAAACAAAAUAAAAUACAGCGACGUGGUGCAUCGUAUGCUUUGACAUCCAUAGCAUCCUAUUUUGGCAAAGAUCUCCCUUCCAAGCUUCCUAAGUUGUGGGAAUACAUUGUGGGAAAGCUGAUGGAGGUGAUAAAUCCAAAUCACUUUGACACUGCAGCAGUUUUAAAUUCUGAUGCAGCUGCUGAAGAUUUGGUAUCAACGUUACUGGUGUUGGAAAUAACAUGUCCAGCACUUGACAGAGACCUCCUUGCACAGGUGCUAGAGUGCUUGCCACGACUAUGCCUGCUGUUGACACAUCCAUAUUGUGCAGUGCGUCACAUGGCUGCCCGCUGCUUGGGUGCACUGGCAUCUUUGGCUUCAGUUCCUGUUAUGACACAUGUUGUUUCUGCUGUCCUGCCUUUGUUGGAUGCCAUGACUGCAGAUACAAGACGGCAAGGUGCUGUGGAGUGCUUGGCAUGUAUAGUCGACAGGCUACAAGAGAACAUUGUUCCUUACAUAGUCCUGCUGGUGGUUCCAUUGCUAGGGCGAAUGAGUGAUCCCAAUCAGCCUGUUCGUCUCAUGGCAACACAUUGCUUUGCAACACUGAUACAACUGAUGCCACUUGAUGGAGGCAUUCCAGAUCCUCCCAGUCUCACACCUAAGUUGGCAGAGCAGAAGGAGAGAGAACGCGUUUUCCUUGAGCAGUUAUUUAAUCCAAAGUCCAUACAGGAUUACAAGAUACCAGUGCCCAUAAAAGCAGACUUGCGUUCAUACCAGCAGUCUGGAGUCAACUGGUUGGCAUUCUUAAACAAAUACAAGUUGCAUGGAAUUUUGUGUGAUGAUAUGGGUCUCGGGAAGACUCUCCAGUCAAUAUGCAUCCUUGCUGGCGAUCACUAUUUCAGAAGCCAACGAUAUAAGUUGACAAUGAGUCCUGAUUGUGCUCCUCUUCCAUCACUUGUCAUAUGCCCACCAACGCUGACCGGGCAUUGGGUAUAUGAGGUAGAAAAAUUUCUUACAAAAGACUUUUUGAAUCCAUUACAAUACACUGGACCACCAGCAGAACGGGAAAGAUUACGCAGCAAAGUGAAGACACACAACCUUAUAGUGGCAUCAUAUGACAUUGUACGGAAGGACAUUGAUUUCUUCAGUUCUAUCAAGUGGAAUUAUUGUAUUCUAGAUGAAGGGCAUAUAAUAAAAAAUGGAAAAACAAAGGCAUCCAAAGCAGUCAAGCAGCUUGUAGCAAAUCACAGACUGAUACUGUCAGGGACACCAAUACAGAACAAUGUUUUGGAGUUGUGGUCCUUGUUUGACUUCCUUAUGCCAGGAUUCCUUGGGACAGAGAAGCAGUUUACAGCUCGUUACAGCAAGCCAAUUCUGGCCAGCCGUGACCCAAAGAGUUCACCUAAGGAACAAGAAGCAGGAGCCUUAGCAAUGGAAGCUCUGCAUCGCCAGGUUCUUCCUUUCCUUCUGCGCCGAAUGAAAGAAGAUGUUCUGCAAGACCUUCCUCCGAAGAUCACACAGGAUUACUACUGCGAUCUCAGUCCCUUGCAGCAAGAACUCUAUGAAGAUUUUGCUCGAUCAAAAGCUUUACAAUCUCUCCAGGAUACAUUGUCCCAGGGACAAUCUGCAGCCUCAGUGCAAGGAAACACCCACAUCUUUCAGGCUCUUCGGUAUCUGCAGAAUGUUUGUAAUCAUCCCAAGCUGGUACUCACAUCUCAGCAUCCACAAUUUGAGAAAAUAAGCAGUCGUCUGAAACAGAACAACACAAAUAUGGCUGACAUACAACAUGCUUGUAAACUCCCUGCUCUAAAGCAAUUGUUGUUGGACUGUGGAAUAGGAUUGGCACCAGGUGGACCAGCCACAGAUCUUGUGGUUAAUCAACAUCGUGCACUUAUUUUCUGUCAGCUGAAAGCUAUGCUGGAUAUCUUGGAAAAUGACUUGUUUACGGCAAACAUGCCAAAUGUAUCAUAUCUACGAUUGGAUGGUAGUAUACCUCCAGGAAUGAGGCAUUCUGUAGUAACACGAUUUAACAAUGAUCCAUCCAUUGAUGUGUUGCUCCUGACAACACAAGUUGGUGGUCUGGGUCUUAAUCUCACUGGUGCUGACACAGUUAUUUUUGUGGAGCAUGACUGGAACCCAAUGAAAGAUCUGCAGGCAAUGGACAGAGCUCAUAGGAUUGGGCAGAAAAAGGUGGUCAAUGUCUACAGGCUUAUCACAAGAGGAACUCUUGAAGAAAAAAUCAUGGGGCUUCAAAAAUUCAAGCUCUUGACUGCAAAUACAGUAAUUAGCAGUGAGAAUGCAAGUAUGGAAACAAUGGGAACAGAACAGCUACUUGAUUUAUUUUCUCUGGAUGACAAGAGGAAGGAUAUUGCCCAUUCUUCUAGCUCCCAUUCACAGCUUAGUGGAGUUAGCAUGAAAACUGUUUUAGAAACUCUGCCCGAUUUGUGGGAGGACAAACAGUAUGAAGAAGAGUAUGACCUUUCAACCUUCAUGCAAUCUCUUAAGAAAGAGUGAUAUGUGUUUUUGUUUGUAAUGUCUCUCUCUCUCUCUCUGUGUGUGUGUGUGUGUGUGUGUGUGUGUGUGUGUGUGUGUGUGUGUGUGUGUGUGUGCGCGCGUGCGUGCGUGCGUGCGUGCAUGCAUGUGUUUAGAGUGAGAGAGAUCCAAUAAUGGAUAGUAGGAACUGCAUAUGUACAGUUAUUUUUAUACAUUUCAAUUUUUUAAAGAAGACAGGAAGAGAGAUAGAACUGACUCAUUAGUGUCUUCGUUUUGGAUAUCUGUAUCAUCACAAAUAUCGCCUAAAACAUGAAAAUAAGAAUGUCACUGAUUGUGUUAUUCUUAGCUGAGUGUGAACUGACCACUUCCAAGAUUUUAGAAAUUUAAUGAAGUAGCUUCAAAAGCAAAUUAUUUCCAUUGUCAUUUAUUACAAGUGACUUUCAGUGACCUGUGGAUUUGCUUAUUGUAAGAUAAUUGGUGUUACCAUUUACUUAUUUUGUUAUGUGCAUAUGUGAUGUACAUAUGAAAGGUGCUUUUGGUGCAAAAAGCUAUGUCACAUGUACACAUAUAAAUUAGCUAUGGUUAACUGAAGUAAAUAUUGAACUGUAACUUUUCAAUAAAUGUUUGCACCCAGUCCGUAAGUCUGACAGACGGUGCUCAUUUUAAACUAAGAGUAAUUAUCUGUGAAAUUUUAGAAAUUUCAUGAAAGGUGGCUGUGUUAUUUACCUCAGAAUUCAAUUAUAACAGCAGUUUACUUUUACAAAUCACAGAAUGAGGUAACAAUAAUGACAGUAUCUUAAGUACAAAUUUGAUUAAAGCUAUUUUAUGUUUUUAAUUUUAAGUGAUUUGUAGCUUAUUGGUAACAAGCAAUAAAAGGACAUGUCUACUCAUUUAAGAAAGAAUUUUCAUGAUUUUGAAUUUUCUCUUUUCUGAAAAAUCAUAUUUUACGUAGUUCUUUGAAUGUGAUGAUGGAGUAUAUAUGAGCAGGAAACAAUUUAAAAAGUUUUUAGAUGGUGUUUUUUUAUUGCUUGUGCUGUAGUGAGUGUUAGAACAUCACACAUAAGUAAACUGGUACAAAUUUUAAUGUAAUAUCAGAUGCUCUUUUCUCAGUUUGAAUAAUUCUUUUUGCCUUGUUAGACUGCCAAUAAUUUAAUUAGGAAGUAGACAUUGUACACUGAAAUAGACUGAUAAUAUGUGCUGAGAUUAAUUCAGAAUUUGUUUAGUGUAUAUGUCUUUUGGAAGCAAAUUGCACAAGUAAUGUUUAAUUUUAGGCUCGAUAAAUUAUGUAUACAUGUCUCUUGUCAUCUUAUAACUAUAUCGAAUCUCUCUGACUAGCUUGAAGGAAUAAGGCACACAUUAUGAAGUCACACUUCAACACACUGAGAGAAAGAAAAUUGUGUGUUGAAGAUCUGUACUGAGCAAGACUCAUUAAAAUGUAGGUAUUAAUGAUCCCCUCUUCUUCCCUGCUGCUUCAUAGGUUAUUGAAUAGGUAAUUGAACAGAGGUAGGUCUUUAUGGCCUUCAUUCAGUUGACAUCAUUAUUUACUUAUAUUGUUUGCAUCCUGUAGGUUAAGUUACAAAGUACCUAUAGCUUCAUGAAUGUUUUAUGGAUUCAGAAUUUCAAACAUUGUGUUCAUUUCUGUCACCAGUGGAAACAAAACAGUGCAAAGAGGAACUGCUAGCAAACAAUACUUUCUUGUUUUGAUCCCUUCUGUAUUCAGUUUACCUCAACAAACUUUAUAUGAUUGAAGUGUACUAUAUAUGAAGGAAAAAUUGGAAGGGGAUGCUGAGGGAUCAAUGCAGAGAGGAGCAUAUUUACCAGCUGAAUGCCUCAUAAAGGCCACAUAAUGCAAAACAAACAAAUAAUUUGACAUAUAAAUGUCCUCUAUCACAUCCUUAAAAAAUGUGGUAGCAGAAUAUUUAUUUACACAAUAUGAGAUCAGUAAAUUAAAUUCAUAUUAUUUUUCCACUAUCAACAAACAAAUUAUUAAGCGUAAUCUAUCUUGUAUGACAAUAUAGCAUAAUAUGGCCAGUUGGCAUCCAGUUUUCCUACAGGUGAAAUUGUUUUCACUUUCCCUUUUGCCCUCUCUGAGCCAUAAAUUGCAGUAUUCUCAUCUUGUAAUUUUGUAUUGCAUGCGACAUAAGUACAGAACAUUAGGACUUUUGUGUAAUUAUUUAAGGACUUUUUCUCAUUAUUGUAUGUGCAUUUAUAUUUGUGCAGUGAUAAUAAAACUUUGAUCAUUCACUUUUAUAUGAAAAGAAGGAGUAACCUGUGUAUAUCUUAAUUCCUGCUUUGCUUGGACCACAAAGAGUGGCAUUAACUUGUCUCACAUCAGCAUUAUUUUUAGAAACUGGACA